UGCGGCAGCUGGCAACACUGCUCAGUGCAGGAUCACCUGUCCUGACGGCUGACGAGGAGCGUUGCACUGGCGUCUUUCCUCUCAAAAAUGUAACCUAAAUCCCCGCGAAGGACCCAAGCCGCGGUGGUGCGAGUGUAGUGCAGAGGUGUGAGAGUGGGGAGAGCAGCCCCCCCGAGUGCAGCGAGUGACGGUGGGGAGGCUGGUCCCAGCCAGGCAUGGACAGACCCCAUCGCCUACCAUGUUGACCAGUAAACACUACCAGUUAUUUGCACGUCCAGAUCAUAAAUAGAAUGAAAAAGAUGUUUCCCGCGACAUCCAACACAGACUCGCAAGUAUACAAUUUCGACAGCGAGGAGAAUUCUCAGAAAUGGAAGCGUUUGUUCCUUAGUUCCCUUCAGAAGGUGCUGAAGCAGGUGCAUCCAACAUUAGCAGCCAAGGACGAUGCACUUGAAUAUGUGGAAAGUCUCAUAUUACGGUUGUUGGCUAUGUUGUGUGCUCGGCCUGCGCCUCACACUGUCCAGGAUGUUGAGGAAAGAGUACAGCGAACAUUUCCAAACCCAAUUGACCGCUGGGCAAUUGGUGACGCUCAAGCAGCAAUUGAGAAGGGGCGCAAGAAGUCGCCCCUUGUCUUGCCUGCAGAGAAGGCGCAUCCUUUGUUACGAGAUGUUCUUCAGACAAAGAUCGAUUAUCAAGUAACAUUGUAUAUAGUUGCAGUUUUAGAAUAUAUUUCCGCUGAUAUAUUAAAGCUUGCUGGGAAUUAUGUUAAGAAUAUUCGACACAUUGAAGUAACCCAACAAGACAUCCGAGUAGCCAUGUGUGCUGACAAGGUGCUUAUGGACAUGUUCCAACAAGAUGAAGAUGGGGAAAUGAGUGGCGUAGUUGAAGACACUAAUCUAGACACAUCCAUCACAUACGAUGAACUAGUUAAGGAUCUCAUACAAGAAAAGAAGACCUAUAUUAGAGAACUCAAUAUGAUUAUUAAGGUGUUUCGAGACAAACUACAGCAAAUUCCAUCGUUACAAGAAAGUGGGACUAGAGAACUUGAAAUCGUCUUCUCUAACAUCACAGAGAUUUAUGACUUUUCUGUAAACUUCCUCGGGUCUCUGGAAGACACUAUGGAAGUCACAGAGGAAAAUGAAUCUCCAGUCAUUGGUAUCUGUUUUGAAGAAUUGGCAGAGGGAGCCGAAUUUGAUGUAUAUGCGAAAUAUGCCAGUGACAUCUUGCGAGCGGAAUGUGCGGAAACACUAAUGGAGGUAGUGAGUCGGACUGAUGUAAGCGAUGCCCUCACCAGUGCAGGACAUGGCUUCAAAGAGGCUGUCAAGUACUAUCUGCCUAAGCUGCUGCUUGUACCUGUUUAUCAUGUCUUCACCUACUUCAAAGAUAUAGAGAUGUUGUUGAGUAAUACAGAGUCUGAAGAGGGACGGGAGAGCCUUGAGCAGGUCAAAGGGCUCUUGUGGCCACUUCAGAGUCAGCUAGAACGCAACAUACAAAAUUCUGCGUAUGCGCCAUACCUCAAAAGAAAAAUAGGGGAAAUAAAUUCACGUCAUAGGCGGCAAAGUAGACAACAGACGCUAUUAAAAAUGAAAGAACUUCAGCGGUCUAUAGAUGGCUGGGAAGGCAAAGUCAUCACUCAGUGCUGCAAUGAAUUUGUUUUAGAGGGAGAUUUAUUAAAAUUGGGGGCCACAGGGAAGAAGCUGACUGAACGUCAUGUGUUCCUCUUUGAUGGCUUGAUAGUCCUUUGCAAGAGCAAUAACAGAAGAUCGUCAGUCACAGGCCAGAUCGGUGAAUACAGAUUUAAGGAGAAAUUUCUAAUGAGAAUGGUAGAGAUCUUAGACAGAGAAGAUACAGAAGAGGUGAAACACUCUUUUGAGAUUCGGCCGAGAGAUCAGCAAAGUGUGGUGCUCCUUGCCAAGUCUGCAGAAGAGAAGAAUACUUGGAUGGCUGCUCUGGUUAUGCUCAACACUCGCAGUAUGUUAGAACGAACUUUAGACAGUAUAUUAUUAGAUGAAGAGAAGCAGCAUCCAUUGAGACUUCCAGACCCCUCAGUAUAUCAGUUUGCCAUCCAAGACUCGGAGUCAAAUAUUAUCAUCGAAGAAAAGGAAAACUCAGGGACUCCGCUCAUUAAGGGAGCGACUCUGCCAAAACUGGUUGAGCGGUUAACAUACCACAUGUAUGCAGAUCCCAUGUUUGUACGCACAUUUCUUACAACUUAUCGAAGUUUUUGUACGCCAUUGGAAUUGCUAGAGUUAUUGAUACAACGCUUCGACAUCCCUGAACCUGAACUUCCACCUGUCAGUGAAGAAGAGACGCAAGAAGUGAAGAAUCAGCAAAUAUCCAUACACCGAGAGAUCCUCAAACGCUUUCGCAAGGAAUACUCGCAGCCAGUUCAGUUUAGAGUUUUAAAUGUUUUGCGUCAUUGGGUAGACUACCACUUUUAUGACUUUGAGCGUGACAAAACAUUGCUUGAUAACCUUACCAAUUUCCUCGAGAAAGUCAAAGGAAAAUCCAUGCGAAAGUGGGUAGAAUCCAUUACCAAGAUCAUCCAGAGACGGUGUAAUGAAGAGCAGAGGGAAAUCACCUUCAGUUUAAAUCGAUCGCCUCCAUCUCCGAAGUGGCACAUCAGAUUAGAUGAAAAAGAUUGGGAAGCAAUUCUACCCAUUAAUGCUGGGGGAACUUCAACUUCUCCCGACCUUGUAAGACCACUGCUGAUGCUUCACCCUAUAGAAAUUGCUCGUCAGCUAACGUUACUGGAGUUUGAGCUUUACAGAGCAGUGAAGCCAUCAGAGCUAGUGGGGACACCCUGGACCAAAGAAGAUAAAGAAAAACGCUCACCAAACUUGCUCAAACUGAUCUACCACACAAACCAUGUGACGCGUUGGUUCAUGCGGUGUAUCGUGGAUUCCGACAACUUUGAAGAGCGCGUGGCUGUGAUGACGAGGGUUGUGGAGAUCAUGGUUAUGUUUCAUGACCUCAACAACUUUAGUGGAAUUUUCGAGGUGUCCAGUGCACUAGGGUCAGCAGCUGUACACAGACUAGAGCUUACCAAAAUGGAUGUUCGGAAACGUCUUCCACCAGGUCAGCUUAAGGUGUUUGAAGAGGCGUCUGAACUUAGUGAGAACCAUUGUAAAAAAUAUCAGGAAAAACUUCGUUCCAUCAAUCCUCCUUGUGUCCCGUUCUUUGGGAUGUACCUGACUAACAUCUUGCUCAUUGAGGAGGGCAAUCCAGACUUCCUUCCUCGGGCUGCGGAAGGUCUCAUAAAUUUUUCAAAAAGGCGAAAAGUUGCGGAGAUCACUGGGGAAAUUCAGCAGUACCAAAAUCAACCAUAUUGUCUAGAAGUGGAGCAGCGCAUUAGACACUUCUUGGAGACGCUGCAGCCCUUCGACACUGAGAAUGAGAACGAGAUCGCCAACUACCUCUACAACAGGUCCAAAGAAAUUGAGCCCAAGAAUUGUAAAAAGCCGCCAAAUAAGGACCGUAAAUGGCCUCUAAAUUACACAAAGUCUCCAGGCAUCAAACUCCGCAGCAAGGGAAUAGUGCCCAAUCCUCUACCAACAAUAUUCCAGUCUGAAAGAGGAACUAAGCUUUCUGAGGGUGCUGAUGGAGAUGACACACCCCACUUGCUAACUCCUCCCACUCCCACCACUCCCACGCCCUGCACGCCACCACUACCCCAACCACAGCUACUACACAUGGGUGCCAAUGCUACCGUCUUUGCACCAAUAGAGAUUGGCACUGGCAAUGUGUUAACUGAAUUCCGAGGGACCAUAAGUGGGUUUCCUAGCAACUUCCUGCCUCCUCAAGCACCGCCACCACCACCUGCAUCACCGCAAGCUCCACCACCACCUUUACCACCACGAGUACGCAAGAGAGAGCCAUCUAUUGGGGAUACCUCACCAAAGGUGAAACAAGCACCAGAUGCUCCUGAGUUACCCCCACGAGAUGUUUCCCCACCUCCAAUUCCACCUCGUACAUCCACUCUACCACGCAUGCAUUCUUCAGGAGGCCUACAACAUAAUCCAACACAUCAUCAUCAUGCACCAAUAGGACAUAAUCUACAUUCUAUUAGUAGCCUUCACCACCCACAUUCUCACCACCAUUAUUCCCAUCAUUAUCGGCCGACCCUUACAUCUUUGUUAGCACCUCCACCUCAGCAGUAUCAGUUGGACCCACCUCCACACCGGCGCAAUAACUCUGUGGACUUGUCAUCUCCAACUCCCAUCACGCGGAGACACACUAAUGGACCUAAAACAGGACUACCGGGAAGUAGCAUGAAUGAUACUCCAACAGACCCCAGUGACCACCCGCCCACACCCCCACCAAGGCUCUCCUACCGGCAAACAUUCUCUUUUCCUUAUGACCAGCACCACUCCUAGACCCAGCCCCAUUAUUUAGGUUUCCUCAGCCAUGUAGAUAUGUUACCUGGCCAAUUAGGAGCCCAUAUGUAUCUAAGCUUUGUUAUGGCUGCAAGAUGUCUUAAUACUUUCUUUUUCAUUGUUAUUAUUUGUUUAUAUAUUUGCUUACCUAUUCUACUGAACCCAUAUAUCUUGUUAUUUACAAUUACAGAUUUUAAAAUAAAAAUCAGUUUGUAACACUGCCAAA